UCUUGGCAUGACAGGUGCGGUCAUCUUAAUCCCGCUGGCGUAACAAGGCUGGGAAAGAGCGGGCGUCUGGGUAAAGGAUGGGAAGAGAAUGUGGGGAGUAAGGCGAAAUGCAUACCGUGUCUGGAAGGGAAGACUAGGCGUAAGAACACGGGGGAAGGGACGACGCGAGCCACGCGCCCCUUUGAGGUCAUAUCGGUGGAUCUAUGG